UGCAGUGGGUGUUAGAGACUCGCCACUAUGCGGGGAGCCCGGCUGCCGCGGCCCGAGAGAUCGGAGGCGAGGCGCCUGGAUGGGACUAAUGGAGGGGGCCAAAAGGAGGCACCGUUGACAGCCUGGAGCUGCGUCAGUUCUGCGGGAGCUAGCUGAAGGGUCCCCGCGGAGGGGCGGGGCCACCGGAGAAGGGGCGGGCGCCGGAGGGGCCUCGCGCGCUGGCGAGGCAGAGGUGCGUGGAGUCGCCGCGCCCUCGUUCUGCUCUCGAGUUCGGCCGCCCCCUUCCGUCUGCACCUGCUGCGCUGCUGUCGCCGGCUCCAGAUGGGGAAGGACCAGGGCUUCUCCCGGCACUUUCGGAUCUUUAUCCCCAAGAAGCACCGGGCGCGCUUCGACGAGGUGGUGUCGCAGGGUCUGCUGGGCAAGCUGUGCCGCGCCCGGCGGGCGCAGAGCGCGCAGAGGCUGCGCCGGAGCCGCAGCGAAGAGCGGCCCGAGCGCCUUCUGGUGUCCACGCGCGCCAGUGCCGCCCCGCGCCGCCCAGACGAGCCACCCCCACGCAAGGCAGCCUCGCUGCUGGGCUGCCGCGCAGGCACUGGGGGCGCACGCAGGACAGUCCGUGUCUACAAGGGCAGCAAGAGCUUCGGCUUCACUCUCCGUGGCCAUGGGCCUGUCUGGAUCGAAUCUGUCCUACCUGAGAGCCCAGCUGACAAUGCGUCCCUCAGGUCGGGCGACCGGAUCCUCUUCCUCAAUGGACUGGACAUGAGGAACUGCUCCCACGACAAGGUGGUGUCCAUGCUGCAGGGCAGUGGUGCGAUGCCCACGCUGGUGGUGGAGGAGGGGCUCGUCCCGUUCACCAGCGACUCUGAUUCUCUGGAUUCCCCCAACCCGUCGUCAGCACUCACCUCCCUGCAGUGGGUGGCGGAGAUCCUACCAUCCAGUAUCCGCGUGCAGGGGAGGACUUUCAGCCAGCAGCUGGAGCACCUGCUCACGCCUGCCGAGCGCUAUGGGGUCUGCCGGGCCCUUGAGAGCUUCUUCCAGCACAGGAACAUUGACACCCUCAUCGUGGAUGUCUACCCUGUGCUGGACACGCCUGCCAAGCAGGUGCUUUGGCAGUUCAUCUACCAGCUGCUGACCUACGAGGAGCAGGAGCUCUGCCAGGAGAAAAUCGCGUGUUUCCUGGGCUACACGGCCAUGACAGAGCCCGAGCCCUCACUGGACCUGGAGCCUGAGCCCGAGCCUGAGCCUGAGCAGAUGCCUGAGCCCCAGCGGCGGAGCUCCCUGAGGGCCUCCUCCACGUGCCGCCGCAGCCUCCGGGCCCAGGGCCUGGAGACCAGUCUGGGCUGUGCAGGUCCCAGCGACGGCCCGGACGUGCCUGUUCCUCUGAUCCCAGGCGAGCGCCAGGCAGGCGACGGCACAUCCCUCCCUGAGACCCCCAAUCCCAAGAUGAUGUCGGCUGUCUAUGCAGAGCUGGAGUCCCGGCUGAGCAGCAGCUUCAAAGGGAAGAUGGGGACCACGUCUAGAUCACGUGCCUCCCCACCAGUGCCCAGCCCAGCAGGCACAGCAGGGCCCAGGACCCUGUCCAGCGUCUCGUGGCCCAGCGAGCGGCUCCUGCCCUCCCCCUGCUACUACCCGUUGUGCUCAGGGGAACCGGCCUCCCCCAGCAGCUCCGAGUCCCACCCCUACGCCAGCCUGGACAGCAGCAGGGCGCCCUCCCCACAGCCAGGCCCCAGGCCCAUCCACUCCGACAGCCCCCCCAGCCCGGACAUUGCCCGCCAGCCGAGCCGCAGGAAGCUCUUCACCUUCUCUCGGCCUGUGCGAAGCCGGGAUACUGACCGCUUCCUGGACGCCCUGAGUGAGCAGCUAGGCCCCCGGGUCACCAUCGUGGAUGAUUUCCUGAGCCCUGAGAACGACUACGAGGAGAUGAGCUUCCACGAUGACCAGGGCAGCUUUGGAACCAACGAGCGGAGCAGCGCUAGCGAGUGCAUCAGCAGCAGUGAGGAAGGCAGCUCCCUGACCUACUCCUCCAUGUCUGACCACAUCCCCCCACCCCCACUCAGCCCCCCACCGCCGCCACCCCUGCCCUUCCAUGACCCCAAACCCAGCUCCCGCCCCCCCGACGGUCCCCGGGGCCCCACUCAGACACUGGCCAAGCCCCUCACCCAACUCAGCCACCCAGUCCCUCCCCCACCCCCGCCACCCCUGCCCCCGCCUGUGUCCUGUGCACCCCCCAUGCUGUCCCGGGGCCUGAGCCACCGCCGCAGUGAGACCAGCCACAUGAGCGUCAAGCGCCUGCGGUGGGAGCAGGUGGAGAACUCUGAAGGCACCAUCUGGGGUCAGCUCGGGGAGGACUCUGACUAUGACAAGCUCAGUGACAUGGUGAAGUACCUCGACCUGGAGCUCCACUUUGGCACCCAGAAACCUGCGAAGCCAGUGCCUGGGCCUGAGCCCUUCAGGAAGAAGGAGGUGGUGGAGAUCCUCUCCCACAAGAAGGCCUACAACACUUCCAUCCUGCUGGCGCACCUGAAGCUGAGCCCCGCGGAGCUGCGGCAGGUGCUCAUGAGCAUGGAGCCGCGGCGCCUGGAGCCCGCGCACCUGGCGCAGCUGCUGCUCUUCGCGCCGGACGCCGAUGAGGAGCUGCGCUACCAGGCCUUCCGCGAGGCGCCCGGCCGCCUCAGCGAGCCCGACCAGUUCGUCCUGCAGAUGCUGUCGGUUCCCGAGUACAAGACCCGCCUGCGCAGCCUCCACUUCCAGGCCACCCUGCAGGAGAAGACAGAAGAGAUCCGGGGCAGUUUGGAGUGCUUGCGCCAGGCCUCCCUCGAGCUCAAGAACAGCCGGAAGCUCGCCAAGAUCCUGGAGUUUGUGUUGGCCAUGGGCAACUAUCUCAACGAUGGACAGCCCAAAACCAACAAGACCACCGGCUUCAAAAUCAACUUCCUGACGGAGCUGAACUCCACCAAGACGGUGGACGGAAAGUCCACCUUCCUGCACAUCCUUGCCAAAUCACUGAGCCAGCACUUCCCUGAACUCCUGGGCUUUACUCAGGAUCUGCCCACGGUGCCCCUGGCUGCCAAAGUGAACCAACGGGCCCUCAUCAGUGACCUGGCUGACCUCCAUGGCACCAUCAGUGAGAUACAGGCUGCCUGCCAAAGCAUGUCCCCCUCUAGCGAGGACAAGUUUGCCGUGGUUAUGACAUCGUUCCUGGAGAUGGCGCAGCCUGUGCUGCGGGCGCUGGACGGGCUGCAGCGCGAGGCCAUGGAGGAGCUGGGCAAGGCUCUGGCCUUCUUCGGGGAGGAUUCCAAAGCCACCACAUCCGAGGCCUUCUUCGGCAUCUUUGCGGAGUUCAUGAGCAAGUUCGAGCGAGCGCUCAGUGACCUGCAGGCCGGGGAGGGCGCUCGCAGCUCAGGGAUGGCUUCACCCCUGGCCUGGUGACGGCGAUGGCCCCAGCGCACCGGAGUGCACCUGCUUGGGGUUUGGGCUGUGCCUGCCCUCCGCCCGCCUCCUGCCCGGGACCUCAGGCCACUGCGCCUGCUGCACCUGCAUCUCCAGCUACCUCAGCCAUUGAGCUCCGGCCACCGCGAAGGUGUGGGGCUCGGCCGUGUCCCCCUCUCCAGGCCAAGCCCCGGUUCUGAGCGCUGGGGGUGCGGGUCAGGAGCAGACGCUCUGACUCUCCAGGAAGGUGAACCUUGGCUGCCAGUGGGCACUGGUCCACGGUGCCCAGGCCUGGCUGUACCCCACACUCCUUGGGCCUCCUGUGCUUUGUACCCGCCUGGCUCCCGGGCCUGCAUGCAGGUGCUGGCUGUGAGCACCUCAUGACGUCGAUGUCGGGGGGCUGGGGGUCUGGGGCAGGAUGGUGGGUUGCGAUCAGCGGGUAGCUCGCGAAGUAGCCAUGGUCCUGGGGCAGUGUCUGCUGUUUGUUCCUCCAUUGCUUGGCCAGACCUCACGGGGCCGGGAAGAAGGACAUCAAACCUCCUUUCUGAGCUGCGGCCCAUAGGGACACCAUAGUGGAGCACAGACCUUGUAAAGAAAGCAGAUCUUGAACAUGCCACACCAGGGGGACAUGAUAAGGCCUGGAGGUCCCUCACUUAGCCCAGGCCUUCUGGGGCUGCUCGGAAGAAAGCAGGCAGGCAGGCAGGAAGGAGAGCCCCAAGUCCGCACCCAGUCUGGGUCUUGGAAGCUGGAAGAAACUGCAGUUGGCUUUUCCCAGAAGGGGAGCAGGUAGGAGAGAAAUAGGGAAGCACUGGAUGAGGAAGAACAUCUAUGUCAGACUGCAGAAUUGAAAUUGAGGUUUUUAGCCAGUGAACAAACUUAAAUCCGGUUUAUACGUGGUUAAUGUGAAGUGGGGAGUCGGGAGUGGGACCAGGGUUGUCAAGGGAGGUGCAGAGAAUGGAGAGAUUCGGAUUCAGGUGGAAGAUGAGCAGGAUUUGGCGGCCGAUUACUGGAUGGGUGGCGAUGACGUCCCUGGAGCGGGUCCUGCAAGUAGAGCAGACUUAGGGGCAGAGGACACAAUCUAGGACGUAUUUGGGACCCCAGAGGCCAUGGUAAUAUGUCUGGAGCCCCUGGUAGGACUGGGCAUAGAGGAGAGAGUUACCUGGGUGCUGGGAGGGAGCGGGGGAGGCUGUGGACACGGAGGGCGUGUCAACUUGUUUCAUCCUUUCCACGCUCUGGUUGGCAGCUCCGGGCAUCCGACAGCUUCCUGUUUACCUCUUUCCUGAACUUUCUUCCAGGGAAGUCUGAAAUGGGCUCUAAGCACGUCUCUGGACCAAAUGGCUAAUGAGGCCCCUGGGCAGUGUUUGGGGCCCAUUCGGUUCUUCCCAGUCUCCCCCAGGCCCUUCUUGAAGCCAUGUAUGUUCUUUUGUUGCCCACUCAUAGCCACCAUGUAAAAUGUCUAAACCAUAAUGUAUAAUUCAAGGGUGGGGUGGAGGAACAUGCCCAGCUGUGGCUAGUGGUGUAUGUUUCUCCCCAGCAGGUCCAGCUGGAUAAUUUCCAUAACUUUUCAAAGCCUGUGUCUCUGAGAAACAUGGCAGGAGGUCAGUUAAUUCCCACACGAGAUCCGUAGAGAUCAUAGACUCCACCAGGCUGUGAAACAGGUGUGAUCCCACAGCCCAGGUAGCCCAUACGGCAUUUUCCUGCAAGUUGGAAACACAUGCCCUCCCCAGGUAGGUCCAGCCCCAUGGCAGGGGGCACAGGUUGGCCAGCCAAGUACUAGCUAAGUUUUCUCCCUAACUUGCCUUGUAUUGGUUAUUGAUUUGCCACCAAUGCCAUGUACCAGUCUGUCUCAAAACUCGGGUGCUUCAAAUGGCAGCCCCUUAUGCUCCUGAGUCUGUGGGCCACCUGGCAGUUCUGACGUGAGCUGGGCUCAGGGGAUCCACUCAUGUAUCUACUGUCAUCUGUGGGUCAGCGAGUCAGCUUCGCUAAUCAGGGCUCCCCCAUGUCUCGGGCCUUGGCUGGGUCCGCUGGGGUGGGUUCCUGUGGCCUCUCAGACUCCAGCCAGAUAGCCAGGAUCAUUCCCAUGGUGGAGGCAGGGGUCCGAGAGAAUAAGCAAAGGCAUGGAAGACCCCUUGUAAGCUCAGAACUGACACACCAUCCCUUCCACUACAGUCUGUUGUCAGAGUAAGUGACAAAGCCAGCCCAGCACCUCGGGGGAAGGAAAUAGGCUCCACCCUUGAUCAGAUAUGCUGUAAAGUGACUUUGCAGAGGCGCGGAUUCAGAGUGGGUGGAGAAUCCGGGCUGCUUUUGCAUUCAGUCUACCGCAUGCCCUCUUGAUCAGGCACUCUGGUACAGAUUCCAGCCUCCUUAAAAUCCUCAGGGCCCUGGGUCCUCCCUGGACCUAACACAGCUUGAUUACCCAUCUUCCUGCGUCCUCCAGGUGGCAUGCUUCUCGUUCUCACCCAGUCACCCAUGAGUGACCUGACACCUGUCUAGAUCCACUCAGUCCGGUCUGUGCCAGCCUAGCAACCAGUCUCCUUAUGCUGGAGAAAGUUCCCUGGUUUUCCUUUGGGAAAUUAUCCCUCCCCUAUUUCCAGGCCCUGGAGAGAUGCUGAUUGGAUAAGGAUGGUCUCGUGACUCUGGCUGGGGGCUCAGAGUCAAUUCAAGACUCAAGUUAGAACUGUUUGGAAAGGGAGGCUUCCUUUUUUCUGGAUGAAUUGUUGGAUGUAUAGAGGGUGGGAGCCUGGAGGGAGCUGCCAGGGCCACCCCCUGGAGUGCACCUGCCUGGAUGUAAAGCCAAUACAGGAGAGCAGAAGAGAGAUCACGCCAUACAGCUCUUUGUCCCUGGAUCCAACCAUGCCUGAAGCAGGUUUCUGGACUUGUCAGUUUCCAAGCCAACAAAUUCUCCUUCCAUUUUAAAAUUCUAAUUUAUUUUAAUUUUUUGGCUUAGUCUGGUUUGAAUGGGUUUCUGUCACUUGCAACCCUAAGAGGGUUGCUUCAUGUACCCAUCAACAGAUGGCUAUAGAUGUUCAAUCUUUUAACAUUCUGAGUGAACUUUCUUCGGUCAUUAACACAUUUGCCAAUACAUUUUGACUGCCUACUAUGUGUCAGGCAGAGUGCUGGGUGAAAACAUCUUGUGGGUCAGCCUCUCUGAAUUUGGUUUCCUAGGGUUAUAUUUCACGGUAAUUCUACACCUGAGUCAGUACAAAGCUCUGCACAUGAGCCAAUAUGGACGCCGCGUCCCCCCACCACCUCCUCACCAAAUGACGAGGUGUGAAUGCAGGCACUUUGCCCCAGAGAUUUACUUGUCUCUUGGUAAUACUAAGAAAAUCAUAUAGCCUACAUACACAUCGGUCAGUGGUUACUAGGCAGCGUGCUCAGUGUUUUUACAUAUUUCAUUUCAUUUUACUUUCCCAGUGACUCUCUGAGGUAGGUUUUGUUAUCUCCUUUUUACAAAUAAAACGUCUGAAACUCA